UAGCACGUGUCCUACCCUGACAUACUGUAUGCGUCUCCUGUGUGUCCCAGGAUGCAAAGGGGUUUCCCAGGGGGCCUGUGAAGAUGAGCGUGACAUCAUGGUUCCUGGUCAGCAGCUCUGGCAGCCGCCACCGUCUUCCACGAGAGAUGAUCUUCGUGGGCCGGGAGGACUGUGAGCUGAUGCUGCAAUCUCGAAGUGUGGACAAGCAGCAUGCCGUCAUCAACUACAACCCUGCCACCGAUGAGCACCUGGUCAAAGACCUGGGCAGCCUCAAUGGAACCUUUGUGAAUGACCUGAGGAUCCCUGACCAGAUUUACAUUACCCUCAAGCUGUCUGAUGUCAUUCGCUUCGGAUAUGAUUCCCAUGUGUACGUCCUGGAGAAGAGCCAACACAAAGUCCCAGAGGAGGCACUCAAGCAUGAGAAGUACACCAGCCAGCUGCAGAUGGGUCUGAGAGCCUCAGAGGGGAAGAGGGCUGAGCACCUGGAUGACAGGUCCAAGCUAGAGAAGACGGACAGGAAAUCUCUGUCUCAAGAGACUCCAACCUCCCGGCCCACUCCAUUGUAUGGCCAGCCCUCAUGGUGGGGGGAGGAGGAUGCGGCCAGCAAAAGACAACACAGUGAGGGACAUCGGUCAGAGGAGGGUCACCCAGAGAUUCCUAAAGAAGGUUCAGCGUUAGAUUCAGAGGUGAAUGGCUCCCUGUUAGAGUACAGGGACGCCCAGGGCAAGUCCAGCUUCUCCUACCAUCGGGAGCCCAGCUACUUUGAGAUCCCUACCAAGGAGUUUCAGCUGCAUCCCAAGUCCCCGGUGGCAGAGCUCCACGAGAUCCCCACCAAGGACACGGACACGCCCCAUGGCCCUUCCACCCCCAUCUCGCCCACUCCCCCCGUGGUGCAGAGCCACGCCUCCUUCACCAUAGAGUUUGACGACUGCACCCCAGGCAAGAUCAAGAUCAAGGACCAUGUCACCAAGUUCUCCUCGCGCCAGAGGAAACAGCAGCUGGUGUCCGGCAAACCUCUGGCCACCACGCCCACUGAGGAGAUGUCAGCCGAGUGCAAGGUAGCAGAUUGGUUGGUACACAGUGAUGUCAGAAUGAUGAGAAGGCGUCCCACGUGUGAGGAUGUUUACAGUGUCAAGAGUGACCAGGCCGUAAACAUCAAGAGCCUCAAAGGACACCAGCAUGACGAUGGGACCCAGAGUGAUUCUGAGGACCCGGUUUUAGGGAAAGGGAAGCAAAGCAAGUCACACCACCGGAUCCAGUCGCAACAUUCGAUCCAGUCUGAGCUUUCCCAGUCAGAGCUGUCAGAACCGUCACAACAGACUGUGCGGUCAUACCAAUUAGUUCCGUCACAGCAGACAGUCCAGUCGCACCAUUCAAUUCAGUCUGACCAGUCAGUGCCGUCACAACAGACAGUGCUGUCAGUCCAACCACACCAUACAGUCCAGUCAGUUCCAUCACAAAUGUUACUCCAGCCUCAGUUUUCUCCUCCCAAACAGACCCCAGUCUCUCCUGUGGUCCCUGAGAGGCCCCUGUCUGAAAGCCCGCCUGAGGUUCGCUCCCCCACCAUGGGCCCUUCUAAGCCCGAUCCCCAGGAGCCACUCAGCCAGCAAGCAUUCAUCAUCGAGUUCUUCGAUAACCCGCGCAAAAAACGCUCUCAGUCCUUCACGGCCAACCCCGCCCACGCAGACUCUUACUCCACCCUCAAGGCCAAGCUGGAGCGGCGGAAGGGCGGGGAGAGGCCAAACUCCAUGCACGGACACAUCCCCCCCACCCAGCAGGUGACUGUUCCUCUGAAGGGCCAGGGCCAUGGCGGGCCUCUGAGGUCGAGCUCACUGAAGAGGGAGAAGACAGAGGAGCCCCUGAGUGGAGGUAGUGCCUCCUCUUCCUCCGGUUCUGGGCCUUCCUCUCGUGCUUCUUCUGGCAUCACCAUCAAGCUGUUUGGCAGUGUGGGGAAGAAGUCCAAGCUGGCCCAGGAGUUUGCAGCAGAGUUCCUGAUGAAGGAUGCAGCCCACAGAGCAUUGUCCCCCACCAGAGAUAAGACGUCUCCUCCCAUGUCCGCUCCCCCGGUGAUGAUGAUGUCACCCUCUCGCACCCGCAUUCCGUCUCCCUUAGACCCCCCUUCCUCUGUUUCCUAUCCCUCCACCCCUUUGCAAACUACAGCACCACGUUCCUACUCUCCAACUCCUGCCCCUCAUUCCCCAGCCCUAGCCCUCUCUCAGCCCCCGUCCCGCAGCCCUGUCCAGACUGCGUCUCCAGUUCGCUCAGCCGUCCCCUCCACGACCCCUCUAAUGCCGCUGGGUCUGGGGGUGUGUGGGGUGGACCCAAAAGCCUCCAGGGUGGUGAGGAACGAAGAAGAGGACAGUCUGAGUGAUGCCGGCACGUACACCAUUGAAACAGAGUCCCAGGACAAAGAGGUAGAGGAGGCACGCAACAUGAUCGACCAGGUGUUUGGUGUCCUCGACUCACCGGAGUACAGUGGUGCCGGAGUGUAUAGACCCAUCAUUAAUGAUGGCAAGGACGAGCCGGCAAUGCUCCGGCCUAGUGACGCUAGCACUGUGGAUCAAAUGAAAGCAGUGUCUAUGCAUGGCUUUAACCCAGCCGCUCUCAGUGGGGCCCCCUCAGGCCCCUUCCAGGUGCCGUCUUCUAACACUGCAGCGCAGGAGGAGGGGCCUAAGUGGGUUUCUCGCUGGGCCAGUCUGGCAGACAGCUGUGCAGAACCAGGCUGUACUCCACCUCAAGGGGAAUUUGCAGAGGGAGAUUUACGAUUGAUGAGUCGGUUGAUGCCUAGCCACAGCGUGGAUAACUCUGAGUCAGAGGGGAGCCAGAGUUGUAGGAUCAGGAGGCUACUUCCCCAGGUUCCCCCUGGAGACGGAGACAAGCCAGAAAGCCCCACCCCCAGUAUCCUGAUCUGCCACGAACCCCCCUACCCAGGCCCCGAAACCCUGAAGAGGAGUAGUGGUACGCCUCGGCAUCAGGACUCCACCCAGAGGCUGUGCAUCCAGGAUGAUGUAGACCCAGACAGCUUGAGUGAUGCCAGCCGCUCUGACGAUGGCUCUGUACUGGAGAGGACCAGGAAGAGCCAGGGGAGGACGAGUGGCGCUACCUCGCCCGGGGACGCUGGACCUCACUAUAGGGGUCAAGAUAAGCUAUCUCCGACUCAACCUACCAAGUCCACCUCUUUUUACAUUGGUUCUGAGGAAUGCAGCUUAGGCAAGCCGGACCUGGCCCGAAGCCCUUUUCUGUCUCAGGGGCCUGAUAGGGGGCGAGAUGCCCCUGCCAAAACCUUCCCCACCACCGUCCUCAUCAGGCACCUGAGCAGCCACGAGCCCCGGAGGUUGGGCAUCAAGCCGAACAACUCAGCCCCCAACCUCCACUCCCAGCAGGACAAGGAGUCUAAAUACCCCAGUAAAGACUCUCUUGGGACUUCCUCGUUCGUCAGGCAGGAGAGCUUCACCAAGGAGCAACCCAGUGACGACAUCCAGAUUAAGAGGCUCCCCCACAUCUCCAGUCACCCAACCCUGAGGGACAUGGAGCAGAGGAGAGAGACUGCAAAGGACCCACAGCCCUUCCUCUGGGAAGCAGCAGACGCCUCUCUCUCCUCCCUGGAGGUCAAGUUACCCUCCUCAGGCUCCGGACACAGUUCUAAGAGAGGAGGUUCCUCCAGUCACAUGGACGACUCUCUGUCUGGGGAAUCCGAUGUGGAUACAGCCAGCACCGUCAGCCUGGUCAGCAACAAGAACACCCACGUCACCACAGGCCCCAAGAAGAGGACGGCCGCCAGGUCCUCCUCCAGUCCGUCUGUCCAGGAGAAGGGCCACCGCCAGCCCACGGCCCGCGAGCGCCUGUCAGAGAAACGCCGCAGCCACGCAGCUGCCGGUGAUAACUCCAGCAGCAAGGCCGAGCAGGCCAAGCGCUUCCAGAUGCGGCGCAGCACGGGGAACUGCGGUUCCCUGGAGCUAUCAGAGGACCAGCAGAGUUCUGGCCAGCACUGGCCUGACACUGCCUCUGACCAUGAGACCGGCUCCCGGCCCGCCAGCCGCAACAAGAAGCUCAUAGCUCCCCUACAGAAAGAGGACAAUGGGAAGACCCCCAAGAGUGCAGCACAGCAGGCAUUGAUCCGCUCCAACAGUCUGUCGGCACCACGGCCCACCAGAGCAUCCAUGCUGCGCAGGGCGCGCCUGGGAGAGACCUCUGACAAUGAUGGUACUGAGACUGACCGGGGAUCCCAGAACUCAGACCACAUCGUUGCUCCCUCCAAGGUGUCUGCUGACGGGAAGAAGCUCCUCUCCAGACUGGACAUCUUGGCCAUGCCCAGGAAGCGAGCAGGCUCCUUCACUACGCCUAGUGACAACGAGUCCUCCAUCACCACCCCUUCAACCCGGCCUGGCUUCUCCAACCGGAGUGCAGAAUCAACUGGGCCGGUCAGGAAGACCUCAGUGGGUGAAGCAGGGGCAAAGCAGGGGGUCACAAGAGGGUCUGGAGCCCCUGGGAAGCAGCCCCUCACCCGCACACGCUCCAGCGGGACUAAAUACUCCAACACAACCAGUUCCCGUCAAAGGCAGAAGGGUUCAGACUACACCUCCACAUCUGAAGAGGAAUAUGAGGCCAGCUCUGGAACCCCCAAACACAAACGCUCCUCCCACACGUCUGCUGCCACACAGACCCCCCAGGCCCAGAAGGAGAAAGCUGCUGCAGAAGUUGCCCGGUCCAAGUCCGGCUCACUGGAGUUGGAGGAGGACGAGGUCCAGAAUGAGGAUGACCACUACCAGAACUGGACCACACACAGCGCCGAGAUAGCAAAGCUCAGUCAGGACUUGGCCAAGGACCUUGCCAUCCUGGCCCGUGAGAUCCAUGACGUGGCGGGGGAAGGGGAUUCUCAGAGUUCCUCUGGAAUGGGCACCAACCCCUCCCCCAGCUCUGCACCCAACACGCCCGGGCCCGCAUCCACCAUCCCCAUUUCUAGCCGGGAAGAGCUGGUCCAACAUAUUCCUGAGGCCAGCUUAAACUACCAGAAGGUUCUACUAUCGCCAGGUUCUACUGCUGUCAUGGACCUGGAUCCUAACAUGAAUGACCAAGACCCAAGCUCUAAGCCACGGUGGAACCGUGAAGAGGUGAUUUUAGACAAUCUGAUGUUGAACCCUGUUUCUCAGCUCUCUCAGGCCAUUCGGGAAAACACAGAACAGUUGGCUGAGAAAAUGAAGGUUUUAUUCCACAACAAGACUGAGGCCUGGGAGGAGAUCGAAGCGAAGAUCAAUGCUGAAAACGAAGUCCCCAUCCUCAAAACAUCAAAUAAGGAAAUCUCUUCCAUCCUGAACGAGCUGAGAAGAGUACAGAAACAACUAGAAAUGAUCAACAGCAUUGUGGAACCCGGUGGAGCUGGCAGUGGGAACCCUAAGGUGGCAGCAGUGGCUGCUUCAGGAGGACAGGCCACCAGGUCCCCCUCUCGGCAGAAGAAAUCCCCCAGUAAGCCCACUGGGCCUGGGGACAGACAACGUGGUGCUGGCUCUUCAACCAGCCCCACCACCUCCAAACCCAACGCCAACGAAAGCACCAAGAGGACCACUCGAGGCCUCAAAGGGGCAAACUUUAUGGCCUGAUCAGAGUUCCCAGGUUUCUGUAGCAUCUGCUGGUGGCGACUGCCUCCCUUCACCACACUGUCAUUUGUAAUGUAAAACUAUCAUGAUAUACAGUAUACUGUAUUUGUUUUGACUGGUAAAGGUGUACUGUAAUUGAGUACUGCUGUAACUGAGUACCACUGUUUAGAAUGGCUUCUUCCACAUCUGUACAAGCUCAACUAAAAGUAGGCAAAGCUGAGUAAAAUAAGUUGUUGCUUUAAUAAGUGGAUUGUGUACAAAAUAAUGUCCAUAUGCCUUGUCUACUUGUCCUGUACAAUGUGUAGUAGAUCAGUACUGUAGGCUUGGCCAGAUGCCCAAGAUAAGACAGGCUACAUUCUUGCACCAACUUUGUUACCAUAGUAAUAAUCCUGAUGAAAACAGUCCUAGGUGUCCAUGAGAACAUGUGAUGGACUACUUCAAUGACAUGGCAAAACAGAGCAGCAUUAGAGAGGUUGGUUGCAGUGUUCUGUGCUUGUCUUGUUAAAUAGGAUUCAUUGAAUGUCCCUGAAUGACUUGGAUAUUUUACUGCUUGGGAAAAAAGCUACUGAAUGAACUGAUGGACCACCAGUCUCCCUUUUCUCAACUUGAUUGUCUGAUAUUGCGAAAAUGCUUAAGAUUUGUUCUAUAUGAAUGCUGUGCGUACAGAAUGUUAGGAUGGUGUGUCAUACAAUGUUCCAGAUCCCAAAUAAAUGCAGUAUACACUAUACAGCAUCAGAAAGAGGGGAAAGAGCAUACUUAGAAGGCCAGCAUCCCAGAGUCGCCUCUUCACUGUUGACGUUGAGACUGGUGUUUUGCAAAUAAUAUUUCAUGAAGCUGCUAGUUGAGGAAUUGUGAGGCGUCUGUUUCUUGAACUAGACACACUAAUGUACUUGUCCUCUUGCUCAGUUGUGCACUGGGGCCUCCCACUUCUCUUUCUAUUCUUGUUAGAGCCAGUUUGUGCUGUUCUGUGAGGGGGAGUAGUACACAGC